AUGGCCGGGCCGCCGAUGGGGUCAUUCUUAAUUGCCCCCGGCCCCAAUGAGGGUCUCGUGAUCAUCAAAACACGGGUGGAGAAUCGCCGCAGCCAAGGCUCCAGUACCGACGCCGGCAUCUGCACCAUAGCUGGGGUGUACGAGACCAAGGAAAGUGCAAGUCAUGCUGGGCAUCCACCAUCGAGCAUCGUCGCUAUUGAUUUGGCAGAGCAAGGAGACGUCGAUCAACAUGAUCCGCGCCUUGUUUCCAGGCUUGGCUUGUUGUUCGUGUCUUCGUCAGGAGCAGAGUUUGGGGCUGAGCUCAUCGAAGGUCCCCAAUUUCAUGCCGUGGAGAGCUUGGCACGGCGUUGCGUGAUGAGUUUCCCGUCGGGCGGUGUCCUUUGA